AGAAUAAAGGUGGAGAUGAGGGGUGGGGUAAGAGAAGCCCCAAAUCCCAAUCGUCAGCCUCCCCUUCGCUCUCUACCUUCUCGUUCCGCCCGUUGACGAGCUGGCGAUCGCGGUGGCGAAUUAGGGUUUCGCCCCCGCCCGUAGGCAGGGAGAAAGUGACGAUGGCUCCCGCGGCCAACGAGCGCCUCGAGCUCGCGAGGCUCUGCAGCGGCAGGAACUGGUCCAAGGCCAUUCGAGUGCUGGAUUCCAUCGUUGCCAAGUCCUCGUUGGUCCAAGACAUCUGCAAUCGAGCCUUCUGCUACAGCCGGUUGGAGUUGCACAAGCACGUGAUCAAGGAUUGUGAUAAGGCUCUGCAGCUGAAUCCUAAUGCCCUUCAAGCUUACAUACUUAAAGGCAAUGCACUGUCAGCUUUGGGAAGAAAAGAAGAAGCUUUGCAUGUAUGGGAGGAAGGCUACCAAAAUGCUGUUUGUGAUUCGACAGAUUUGAAACAAUUGCUUGAGUUGGAAGAGCUAUUGGCAGGUACUAGGGAAUCUCCAUCGUUUGCUGGUGAAGACCACUCGAUGGAUGCAUCAUCAUGUGAAACAAAGGUUGUUGUCUCUGAAGAUCACAUCAUGGAUUCCUCAAGUACAAAUGUGUCAACUACUGAAACUGAAGCUAUUAUCUGUGAAGACCAUGGUUCUAGCGGUGUUACAAAAGUUGUCGUCUCUGAAGAUCAUGUCACAGAUUCUCGUAUAAAAAAUUCAUCAACUACUAAUGCUGAACACACCACGAAUUCUUCCGGUGUUACACCAUCUGACAAGGAGUCAGUUAACGGUCAUAAAUUAGAGAAUACACAUGAAAUCUGCAGCAAACCUGUUGAUAGCACAGAUAUUUUCAGUAUGUACAAUGACACUACCAAAUUGGGUCGGAAGGUUGUUGUUACUGGUAUUCAGAAGACCAAGUCGAUAAGCUUGGAUCUCCGAUUAUCACGAGGCAUAUCGCAGGUAAAUGAAGGAAAUUAUGACCAGGCUCUCUCCAUUUUUGAUCAGAUCUUAAGGGAAACUCCUGAAUAUCCGGAGGCUUUAAUCGGAAGAGGAACAGCAUAUGCAUUCCAAAGAGAACUUGAUGCUGCGAUUGCUGACUUCACCAUGGCUAUACAAUCCAAUCCAUCGGCUGGGGAAGCUUGGAAGCGACGUGGGCAGGCACGUGCUGCGUUGGGAGAAUUUAUGGAGGCCAUAGAAGACUUAACCAAGGCAUUGGAGUUUGAACCAAACUCACCAGAUAUUUUACAUGAAAGAGGAAUUGUUAAUUUUAAAUUCAAGGACUAUAAUGCUGCUGUUGAUGAUCUUUCUAGAUGCAUAAAACGUGCUAAGAAAAAUAAAUCUGCUUACACAUACCUGGGUCUGGCAUUAUCAGCAAUUGGUGAGUAUGGUCAAGCUGAAGAGGCUCACCUUAAAUCACUACAUCUUGAUCAAUGUUUCCUUGAUGCAUGGGCCCAUCUUGCACAGUUCUACCUGGAUUUGGCUAAUUCAGAAAAGGCCUUGCACUGUCUUGAAAAAGUUUUACUUGCUAACGGAAGGUUUGCUAAAGCAUAUUACCUACGUGGUCUACUUUACCAUGGGUUGGGGCAACAUAGGAUUGCAAUAAAAGAUUUAUCUCUUGGACUCAGUAUUGAAAACUCAAAUAUAGAGUGUCUAUACUUGCGUGCUUCAUGCUAUCAUGCCAUUGGAGAAUAUGGAGAUGCGGUUAAGGACUAUGAUGCUGUUCUGGAUUUGGAACAUGAUUCCAUGGAUAAAUUUGUACUACAAUGUUUGGCCUUCUAUCAGAAAGAACUUGCUUUAUAUACUGCAUCGAAGGUCAACAGUGAAUUUUGCUGGUUUGAUAUUGAUGGUGAUAUUGAUCCACUUUUUAAGGAAUACUGGUGUAAACGACUGCAUCCACAAUAUGUAUGUGAGAGGGUAUAUAGGCAACCUCCCUUGAAAGAAUCCCUGAAAAAGGGUCGCCUAAAGAAGCAAGAUUUUGUUGUUACAAAGCAUAAACAAAUUCUGCUACAUGUGGCAGAUGUUAUUGGCCAGAAGAUACAAUAUGAUUGUCCGGGUUUCAUGCAAAAUAAUCGUCAGUAUCGUAUGGCUGGGUUAGCUGCUAUUGAGGUGGCUCAGAAGGUGGCAAAGUAUUGGCGCUUUCUUCGAAAUGCAAAUAAGAAUGGUAAAAAGACUAGGAAAAAGGAAAGACUCAAUAUAGUGAGUCAAAAUAGAGGUGGUGCAUGCUGUACCACUAGUGGCUUAUCAGAAACUUCUUCAUAUGGUUCAAAUGAAGACAAAUAUGCUUCUGCCCGUUCUCUUUCUUGGCAAGAUGUUUACUCUGUUGCUGUAAAAUGGAGGCAGAUCUCUGAACCUUGUGACCCUGUUGUCUGGGUAAAUAAGCUAAGUGAGGAGUUCAAUUCUGGAUUUGGUUCUCACACACCGAUGCUUCUUGGGCAAGCAAAAGUUGUCCGUUACUAUCCCAACUAUCAAAGGAUAUUUGAUGUUGCAAAGUCUAUCAUCAAAGACAUAAAAUAUGUGAAUAAUGCAGCAGAUAAAAUUAUUGAUCUCUCAGGAGCUGGGAAAUUACAAAAGAUAAUACAUGCAGGAUCCUGCUCUGACUUGUAUGGUGUAAUUGAUGAAAACUUCUGGGUGGGUACUACUUGUGAGAGCACAGCAUUUGAGGGGAAGCAUCUUGAAGGGACAAGAAUUACUCUUCAGAAAAUGGAUAAGAUAGGAUUUGAUUUUGCGAUUCGGACACCCUGUACACCAUCUAGAUGGGACGAAUAUAGCGAGGAAAUGGCAACAGCAUGGGAGGCCAUCUGCAGUGCCUACACCAGCGAGAUAUAUUCGUCGACCGACCUUACUAUGCUCGAGAAUGUGAAAGAUGCAAUCCUAAGAAUGACUUAUUACUGGUAUAACUUCAUGCCGCUGUCAAGAGGUUCUGCUGUGGUUGGUUAUAUAGUACUGUUGGGGCUAUUUCUUGCAGCCAACAUGGAGGUCACUGGAAGCAUCCCUCCGGGUGUUCAGGUUGAUUGGGAGGCCAUACUAUCGCCCAACCCGGACGUCUUCUUGUCCUCCAUUAAACCUUGGCUCUAUCCAUCAGUCAGAAUUAACACGGCUUGGAAAGAUUAUCCAGAUAUAACCUUGGCAUUUGCUACGACAGGAUCCAUUAUUGCUGCUUUAAGUUCUUAUGAUGCUUAAGCUUGGUUCUGUUAAAAUCCAAGGAAUGCCACCGCUUUUACAAUCAUCUGUCUACUUGUCUAUUUAAAUUGGCCAUGUGGUGCUUUUGGAAUUCUGACGUUUGGUUUCAUUUUCUAUGUCCAGAUGUAUUUUUAUUGUCAUUCACUAGAGUUGUAUCGAGUACUAUAUAUAUUUAUGUAUUGAAGUAAAUGUUGUGUUGUGAAUUGAAAUAUAGGUUAUUGUUAAACAAGUUGCGGUAUGUUUUAA